UGGAGGCGUUUUUGGCCAUUCAGAUCAGCAUGGGUCUGACUAGAAAGCCUCAAAUCGCUGAUUACUGGAGCACCCAAAGUUCACUGGGCUUGACACCAAAUUUCGCCCGUGUAAUGACACGCAACCGCUUUCAGCUCUUGUCCUCCUGCAUCCACUUCAAUGACAACUCUCUGAGGUUGGAGAGAGGUCAGCCGGGUUAUGAUCCACUUUUUAAAAUCCGCCCACUUAUGGAUCUAGUCCUGAAGAGUUUUCAGAGCGAGUACUACCCCCACGAACACCUCUCCAUUGAUGAAUCCAUGGUUUCAUUUCGUGGAAGGGUGUUUUUUCGUCAGUACGUGCCAAAUAAAAGACACCGGUUUGGUCUGAAGAAUUUUGUCCUAUCAGACGCGACAAGUAAUUACACGUACCUGUGGCACGUAUACACUGGAGGGGCCUUCAACUACGAUCGCUGUCUGGGUAUUGGCCAUAGUUCAGUUGUUGGCUUGCUAAGGGAAGCCAAGCUUUUGGGGAAGGGACACAGUCUCUAUACUGACAGCUACUACACCUCACCCGCUCUUUUCCAAGAGCUCCACCGGCAAAACACCGGCGCGUGUGGAACUGUUCGUGUGAACAGGAAAGGCAUGCCCCCUCAACUCCAUGGUCUGAAACUGCGGCCUUCAGAUCCCCCUGUGUUUUUUGAAAAACGUCCACUUUUAACUGCGUCUUUUCGUGAUGCUGGCACAGUCACCGUCCUCUCCACAGUGCACGACAAUCUCGUUAUCACCAAACGAGUGCGUAGCAAGGGGCCUGAUGGCUACAGAACUUUGCGCAAGCCAAAGAGCGUGGAGGACUACAACCGCUUCAUGGGAGGGGUAGAUCGCGGAGACCAGCUAUGCUCCUAUUACAGCUACCAACACCGUGCAAUGAAGUGGUACCAUCGGUUGUUCCAUCAUAUCCGAGAGGUCGCACUUGUGAAUGCCUACAUCUUGCACAAAGAAAGUGGCAAUACAAUGCAGUCGGCUGGAUUCCGCGAGCUUGUGGUGAAGGGGCUACUGAGACGGAGGCAAAUUGAGCUCACUCCUCCUCCCAGGCCAAUCAGCACACCGUUAGUGCCCGUGCGUCUCACUGGUCGACACUUUCUCGGACAACACGAGAAAUCGCGUCCGGACUGCAAAGUCUGUUCCACGCGGAAGCGCAGUCCAGAUGACGCACAUAGAGGGAGGAAGCAGACACCUUUCUUCUGCAAGACCUGUCCAGACCACCCUGCACUGUGCCCCACUGACUGCUUUGAGAUGUACCAUACAAAGCUUGUGUACAAACACUGAAUCUUCCAUCUCAGGCAUCCACCACUACCAGCCUAGGUUGUCUAGGAGCACUUUCAAUCAGUUAAAUCAGCCUUCUUUCAAUCAGUUCAAAGGAUCAGUUCUUUCAAUCAGUUCAAAUUAUCAGUUCUUUCAAUCAGUUCAAAUGAUCAGUUCUUUCAAUCAGUUCAAAUGAUUAGUUCUUCCAAUCAGUUACUGUUCAUUUUUAGAAAUCUAUACAAAACUUGAACUGAUAUUUACUGUUAGUUUGUUCAA